AUGUCCUAAAGGAAAAAUAAAACAGAAGCAACACCUACUAGAGUUGCUUUGGUUUGUUUGAAGACAACUUAGAAUAAUAUCUAAAUCAAUAAUCAAUCCUUAUUAAAAGUUUUCUCCAAGCAUGGCUCUAUUUCAAAAGUAUUCCAAAAUUGUGAUAUAAUAUAAUAGAUUUUAAUAUUCGAAAGAGGUUAGCUUUAAACAAAAGUAUUUAUUGAAUAUGAUGAAGUUGAUUCUGCUAUUGAUGCAAUAAAGUAUAGAUUCAAUCUUAUAUUGUAGUUCUCUUAAUAAUACAAAAAUUUUAAAUUAAAUUUCGUGCAAUGUUUAUCAUUCGAGAUUGAAAUAACUAAAACUUGAUACUGUUCCAUAUACUAAAGGUCUUGAUUUUACUAACUCUCCUUCUAAUAAUGCCGAUUUGAUAGAGCCAAAUGAGGAAUAAUAAGAAAUUACCAGAAUCAAUGAAUGGUAAGAUUUCUAAUUUGAUAAUAAUUCAACGGAUGAAGUAUCUGAUGAAGAAGAACCUUAGUUUUCAGAAGAAAAAAUGAUAGAUAUUCUAACUAGACUCAAUUAAAUAGAUGAUGAAAUUAAUAAAACAAUUGAAACUAAGAUUGUUACUGCUUUGGACAAGUUACAAUAAAAUACAAUGUGUAUUUAAGUAUUAAUCACUUAUGAUGUAUUAAAUGAUUUGAAUUUUGUUUUCAAAAUAUUUUGUUUCUUUGGAUAAAUUGUAAAAAUUUAAUAUAAUAUUUAGAUGUAUUUGAAAUAAAGCUAAAUUUAUAUUUAUAUCAAAUAUGGAUCCAAUCAAGAAUGCUAAAAAGCAUUUUAAUUACUUAAAGAUUAUUUGGACAUAAAACUUUAAUACAAUUUUGAAAAUGUAAAUGGUAAAUUAAUUUAACCAAAUUGCAUAAAUAUUUAAAAAUCUUAGAAAUCCAUAGAUGAUUAAGUAGCCAUCUAAGAAUUGUUUUAAUCACAUAAAAUAAUUAAAUAGUAAAACAACAAUUUAAUAAAAAUCAAUCAAUGA